AUGUGCCCCGGUUUCGCACGAACUGGAGGGCAGCGACUGGUUGGCGACCACGGGCGCGGACGCGCUCCACAUCGACGCGUCGGCCUCGCGCGCGUCCCUCAGACCGCCUGCUGUCCAUCCGGGGUCUCGCGCGCACGUCGUCACGGCCUCGAGCGCGCUGCCCGAAACGCCGGAGCUCCCUGCGCUGGUGCUGCCGACCGCGGGCGACGCAGCCGCGCCGUGCGACGCGGAACGCAGCGGCACCGGCCGCAGCCGGUCGCCAGACAUCGCACCAAGCGGGUCGCGGCCGCGGCGCGCACGGAGGAAGGCCGCGCGCGACGCGCACGGCGCAGCAGGCAACCACCGUGGCAGCUCCGCGGGCGCGCUCGGCCCGGCGCGCCUUCUUUCGACCGUCCUCUCGGCGCCCCUCCGCAUCCUCUCCUUCACGGCCUCGAGCGCCAAGCGCGUCGCGAGCCUCGCGGCCCCGCUGGCCGCUCCCGGGCUGUUCCUCGCCAAGACGUCAGCGCUCGUCGCCACGCGCGCCAUGGCCCCCCUCGCGUACCACACCGCCCGCGCCGCGGCCCUCGCGCUCCCGCUCGCAGCCUGCGCGGCCGCGCCGCGGCUCCCCGCGCGCCCCGCGGCCGUGCUGCGGUCCUGCGGGCGCUCGCGGGAAGCAUGCGGGCGCCGGUCGUGCUGCUCAGCGCCUGGGACGUCGGCGUGGCCUGCCGCGCCGCGCACCACCGGCGCCAGGCGCUCGCGCGGCGGCGCGGCCUGCGCGGCGGCAACGGCCUGCACUCGCACGAGGUGGACAUCGUCAGCACUGCGGUGGCGCGCGGCCGGAUCGGAUACGCGGAACUGGCGGGGCAGUACCGCGCGGCGAUCACGGAGCUGCGGCGCAAGCUGAUGGCGCUCGGCGUGACGCCGCCGCCCGGGCUGUUCGACGACGCGGGGGGGGAGUUUCUGCGACACCUGUCAGCGUUCGGCGUCAUCGAGGGACACCCCCGCAAGGACGCCAUCGACAAGGCGGCGGCGCAGAUCAAGGGGAUGCUCGAGUGGCGGGCGCGGUACACGUUCAUGCCGCAGGCCGAGCUGGUGCGCUACAAGAAGCUGGUCCGGUGGGUCGGGCGCGACGCGGCGGCGCGACGACCGACGCUGUUCGUGGACCUCGCUGCGGUGCUCGAGGGCGUGCCGAGGCAGGAGGAGGGCGAGCUCAUGCGCGCGGUCGUCGCGCAGGUGGAGCACGCCGUGCGCAGGCGCCUCGGGCGGCCCCCGGCGCGAGCGGACACGAUCACGGUGCUGGUGUCGUGCGAGGGGCUGACGCUCGUGAACGCGACGCGGCUGCUCGUGACGCUGCGCAACAACCUCAUCCCGCUGCUGUCCCAGGCGUACCCUGCCCGACUCGGCGCGUUGUACCUCGUAGCACCCCCCCGGUGGUCUGGCUACCACGUCCGGGCGCUCAAGUCGAUGCUGCACCCGCAGACGCGCUCCAAGGUGCACGCCGUGCAGCCCGAAGAGGUGCCGGCGCUGCUCAUGCGGCGGCGUGUGCCCAGCGCCCGCAGCCCGACCGCUGACGCAAAACGCGCCGACGCGGCGGCAGGCAGCGAUGGGGCCGCAGGCGACCCGGCGGCCGCGCUGGCGGGGCGCGGGGUCUACGCAUCACCGGCCAAGAAGCCGGCGGACACGCACGUCGCAGCACGGCCGUGCGCGAUCGCGGCAGCAAGCGAUGCGGCGGCGGCGGGCGUGGAGGUGACGGAGACGCAGCCGCGGACGGUCGCAGCGCCCGUCGCGGCGUCCCUGCCGGUGUCGGACCGCGUGUGGGUCGUGGCGGCGGCUUGCAUGGCGCUUGCUAUUCAGAUCCUAGCUCGCACCGUCAGCUCUUCUGGGAGUGCCCUGCUGGCAGCCCCGCUUGGCAUGUAG